AUGGGAGGAGAGUUCAUAUCUGAAGUUCUUUAUCCUCCCUCAACUCUCCUAUCCAGUUUUCCCCAAUUUUGGCUACUUUUCUUUCAUAAGAAAUUGCCGCUCAUAGCCUUCCAUAGAAAAACCAGUGCAACCGUUCACAUACCACAGUGUAUUUUUUCUUUCUCAUAUAACCUCCCUACAUGGAAAUUUAUUUCUUUUUUCUUUGUUCACUUGAGUUUUCUUCUUUUUUUCUUCUUAUUUACUGAAGUAAUUCCCUUAUUUUUCUUUUCAUUCUUUUUUUUUCCUCUCUUUCUUUCUUUCUUUCUUUCGUACUUCCUUUCUUUUUUCUUUCUUUUUCUUUUCUUUCUUUAUUUCAUUCUUUUUCUGAUUUCUCUCAUUCAUUACGUCGGUCGUUCUAUCUAUUUUCGUUUUGUUUUUUUCUUUGUUUAUUACAGGCUUUCAUAUUCAAUAGUUUAUUUCACUUUUUCUUUCAUCCGUUCAUUAACCUUUUUUUUUAUUAUUUUCUUUCUUAUUCACUUGCGUCUUCCUCUUUUUCUUUCUUUCUUUCUUUCUUUCUUUCGUUGUUGUUUUCUCCUCGAGACUUUUUCUACCUUCAAAGUCAUUUUUUCUUUCUUUCUUUUUUCUUUCAUUCGUUAA